UCGUAAACUUACACAUGUACACAUUGGAAAAUAUUAUUUUGUUGUCACUCAAAAUUCAAAAUUGUAAAAACAAGGAAUUUCGCUUUACAUCAAACAUUUGGGCUUAAUAACUGGUUUUGACCGAUUUUUAAAACAUUCACCGAUGCUAAAAGAUACAACGCCCGACUUCAUAAGCAGAACAAAUUAACAUAAACCCUUUCCUCCUUAUUGGCAAUAACUUUACGGAAAUAAUGAAGGUUAGUGAGGAUAAGGAUACCGAAAGCAGCAAGCAAAACUCAGGUAAUGAAUACAAUCCCGAAUACAUAUGCACUUGCAACCCUGAACAAAGUGCUUACGAUCAGACCUAUGUCUGGUAUCCGAAACAAGUGAGUAUUAAAGAACUCGAAUAUGUGCGUCGGAUGGAGUGCGAGUUCACAAGUCUACAACGCGCUGUUCUGUCACUAACCACACAAUUCGCUCGGUUACAAUUCGGCAUACGACAAACUGUGCAAGCUGAACCCUUUGAACAGGACGCUUUGCUGCGCGAUCUCGAGCAUUUAGCAUCUAAUACUGCUUACGGAGAAAGCGAUGAGUUGCCACGUAUUGAACGUGAUUCCAUUAGUAUGGGCGAUGUGCGUCGCAAGCAACAUUUCAUACUCAAUCAACUCCAUCAAAGAAUGGCCUCAAUGACCGAAGCAGACAUUUCCCAAUUUGCAGCGGAUUAUGGUGAAUCACAAGCUGCUCCCAAAGGACGAGGGACUAGAGGGCGGGGAUCUAGAAGAUAUUCAGCACCGCAAUCCUCCGAACCAGAUUAUAAUAGAUACCAGCAAAAUAGAUACACGAGUGGUCCCGAUUCGGAGUACUCGACCUCGAACAAAAACAGAAGUGACCCGUGGAGAGAUACUGACGGCGAGAGUGACAGAAAUCGCUCGAGAAGUUCAAGUACCAGUCGCAAGGGGCUAAUAGAAUUGUGCCUGCAAUAGAUAUACAAGCUAACUACUGCUGAUGGAAGGAUGCUUUCCGAAAGAGACUGCAGCUGUAUAUUUUGAAUUUAACGAGGAAGGUAGUGUGUUGUUGAAGUCGGAAUCUAUCAGCAAUAUAGCAAUCAAGUUUAGUGAAUGCUUAUUCCAGAAAUCGAGGUUGCGCUCAAAAUAUAUAUUGUUGUAAAGUUUUGACUUUUUAUAAUUAUGUAACUGUAUAUAUUUUAAGCUACAUACCUCGUGGUAUUGCGAAAAGGAUAAAAAACAAAGAAUAUAACAUUGAAUUAUUUGUA